AACCUUUGACCAAGGAAGGGAAAGAGUUUGUCUGCCAUGAAGUGGGUGCUUGUUACCAUCUGCAUUGCUGCCUUGGCAGCUCUUUUGGGGCAAAGACUUCUUAAAUUGAGUGAAAUAGCCCUUGCCAACAGAGAAGUGCCUGUAAAACACCUCCCCAACUGUCACCUAUUAAAGAAUAUAGAAUAUGGAGCAGAGGACUUCACCAUACUUCGAGAUGGACUGGCCAUCAUAAGCACCGGCUUGAAAUAUCCUGGAAUGCCCUCCUUCUCUGAUGACCCAGGGAAGAUCUAUACCCUGGACCUGUUGGACCCCAGACUGAUCCCUGUGGAGCUGACAAUCAAAGGAGACCUGGACCGGGACUCCUUCAACCCCCAUGGAAUCAGUGUCUACAUUGACGAGACAGAUAAAACCAUCCAUCUGUUUGUUGUCAAUCACCCUCAACAUUACGCGAGCCAGGUAGAGAUCUUUCUAUUUGUCGAAGAGGACAACACCGUUGUGCACCUGAAAACUAUAAAGCAUGAUCUCCUUCAUAGUGUGAAUGACAUUGUGGCUGUGGGAGUGGAGAGCUUCUAUGCCACCAACGAUCACUCCUAUCCCAGUGAAGUGCUACACAUGCUGGCUGUCUUCCUGGGACUACCAUGGGCUGGUGUGGUUUACUACAGCCCUGGAGGAGUGAAGGCAGUGGGCGAUGGCUUCCUAUCUGCAAACGGCAUCAACAUGUCACCCGACAAAAGGUAUCUAUACGUGUCCGCUAUUUUGGACCAUGAGAUUGCUGUUUUUGAGAUAAAGAAAAACAAAGACUUGGUACAUGUCAAGUCUGUAGCCGUUGGGUCUCUCUGUGACAACAUCGAGGUGGACCAUGUAACAGGUGACAUAUGGCUGGGUUGUCACCCUAAUGGAGCAAAGUUAGCAGUAUAUGACCCUGAGGAUCCACCUGGAUCGGAGGUCAUUAGGAUUCGGGACGUCCACUAUGAGAAGCCAGUUGUGACCCAGGUGUAUGCUGAUGAUGGCAGUGUGCUCAUAGGAUCCUCUGUAGCAGCUCCCUAUGAAGGAAAGCUUAUCAUAGGAACAAUCUACCACAAAGCCCUGGUCUGUGAUCUGAAGUAGUCAAUGAUUCCUUUCAGACAUCUGAUUUCCAAAGUCUGUGUGUGUGUAUAUAGAGAUGCAGUAAGGACACUCAAACUGUAUUGUACUCAAAGUCUGUGCUGUUUCUGUAUAGUACAUCUUGUCUGGUGUAAUAUGAUUGAAAAGUAUAAAUAUUCCACAUGGUUGCCACAAUAUAACACUGCAAUUGCUGUGAUGCAUAGCAUGUGUAAUUAUGUUAAAUGAUAAGAGGCCGUCUGCGCUCUUUUAAGUUCCUUAGUACUCAAUAGUGUCUGUUCCAGGUGCGUAGGAAUCAAAAUAAGAAUAGUGGAAAAGAUGAGACCCGCACACUGUCGACAAAAUGAAUGAAUCCAAAACUGAGGCUUGAUGUGUUAUUAUGUUAUUAUGUUUACAUGUAUCUUACUGGACUAUUUGUAUUGAUUAAACAGUUAUAUUCCA